AUGGUGGCACCGGUUAUGGAGGAAGACACCAUCAACAGCAUAAGAAGCAUGGAGGCAUACUUCAUCGCUCUAGAAGCUCCAGUUCCAGCUCCCUACAUGGCUUCAACGGAUAUGGAGUUUGAUGGAACUGCAACUGAUGCAUCAAAAAAUGAACGAGAUGCAAAAGGAACGGAUGCCAAUACAAAUAUCAUUGAUGUUGAUUCAGCAAAUGAGACAUCAGACAUUCCAAAUCCAUCGAAAAGAAGGAAGGCGGUGAAAAAAUCCAUGGUUUGGGAUCAUUUUGAGAAGCUAAAAGUGAUCCUAAUGACCCUCAUGCUCAAUAAAAAGAGAGAUCCAACCCAAAUGACAUUAUCUUUCAAAACUAAAGCCAAAGACAAUGUUGGGGAUAAUACGUCACAACUUGUAUGUGAGUCAUAUAGUUUAGAGAGUUGUCAGGAAGCGUUGGUGGAAAUGGUAAUUGUUGACGAAUUGCCAUUCAAGUUUGUGGUGGGUAAAGGAGUUAAGAAAUUUGUCGAUAGAUUAACAUGUGCAAGUCAACCUAGAUUUGUUGUUCUGUCUCGGUUUACUGUGGCUAAAGAUGUGCUUAAUUUGUAUAGAGUUUCUCUCAUUACGGAUUGUUGGACAUCGGGACAAAAUAUAAAUUACAAGGUCCUAACUGCCCAUUUUAUAGAUUCUGAUUGGAGAUUACAUAAAAGAAUACUUAGUUUUUUUCCAAUUGAGAAUCAUAAAGGCGAUACUAUUGGUAAAACCAUCGAAAAGAAUUUGAAAGAUUGGGACAUUGAAAGGGUAAUGACUUUGACUAUUGAUAAUGCAAGCUCGAAUGAUACUGGCAUUGCUUAUCUUUUGAAAAGAUUCAAUAAGGGAUUAUUGUUUGGUGGAGAAUUUCUGCAUGUUCGUUGUUGUGCUCAUAUAUUAAAUCUCAUAGUAUGUGAUGCUUUUAAGGAACAUAAUGAUUGCAUUGAAAGGAUUCGAUAUGCUAUACGAUUUAUAAGAUCUUCUCCUGCAUGUUUUUUGAAAUUUAAAAAGGGCAUUGAAAUUGAAAAAAAAUCUUGUAAGAGUUAUGUGUGUCUUGAUGUUCCCACUAGAUGGAACUCUACAUAUUUGAUGCUUGAGGCAGCUGUAAAGUUUGAAAAGGCUUUUGAUAGAUUAGAAGAUGAAGAUGCUUCUUAUAGACACGAUUUGUCACCAAAUAAGGAAAAUUGGACAAAUGCUAAGAUGUUGAUUAGGUUUUUAAAUGUCUUUUAUGAUAUGACAUUGAAAAUUUCAGGGUCUUUGUACACCACUUCAAAUAUGGUUUUUCAUCAGAUUACAGUGGUUCAGAAUUGUAUACAUUUGAAUGCUAGUAGUGCAAAUGCAAUGCUAGUUGGAAUGGCCAAUAGCAUGAAGGACAAAUUUGAGAAGUAUUGGGGGAACAAUGAAAAAAAUAAGUUGUCGUUGUAUGUUACUAUUGUGUUAGAUCCUCGAAAAAUGCUAAGGUUUGUAUCUUUUUGUCUUAAAAAUGUUUUUGGGCCAGAGGUUACCAAAUCUAUGGGAAAUGUAGUGGAACAAUGUUGUAGACGUCUCUUUCAUGAGUACAAUAUUACUCAUACUCAGGGUGGGAGUGGAGUGGUAGUACUUCUACUAAUACACCAAUUGUCCCAGCCUCGGAGACCAUGA